CGAGCGACGCGCGUCCCUGCGAGUUACCGCCGCAGCCGCAGCUGCUUUCGCCGUCGUCGUCGUCGUCGUCGCCGUCGUCGUCGUCGUCGCCGUCGCCGUCGUCGUCGUCGCCGCCGCCGCCGCCGCCGCCGCCGCCGCCGCUGUUGCUGCCGUUCUUGCCGCCGUUCUUGCCGCCGUUGUCGUCGAUCGUCAUCGCCGUUCCUUGUGUUCGUUGACAUCGUUGUCGCGGUUCCCUAUCGUCGCGACAUUAUCUUUAUCGCCGUUCGGUGUUGGUCGUGGUGGUCGUGCGUGUCGCGCGUCGAUCCUAUUCCCGCAUCGUUCUUCGCGUUUUUCUCGCGUCGACGAUACGCGAACGCGUUGUUUCUCGCGUUCUGCUCGUAAAACGGUAAUAAUACGACAGAGUAGCCGUGUGAAGGAAAGUUUGGUUGGUGGUGAGAACAGGAGAGUUCGCGCGUCGGAGAGGGAAAAAAUCGUGGUUGGUGAAUCGUCGAACGAGGAGCAGCUCGGCUGCUCCUCGACCAAAGCGAACCAGCAUCACGCGGAACGGGGACCUGUCCGGAACGAGAACGAAGCCGAAGAGGUCGAGAUCGUGUGACAACGGCCAAUUGACAUGGACACGGUUGUUGCAGUGGUUGUGCACAGUGAAUUUGUUACGUACGUACACGGUCCAACGUACUCCGUGAGACGCGACAACAGUUUACCCGACGAGUGACGACAGUGAGACAGCUCUCGCCAACGACUCGGCCGAUCGAUCAAUCCUGGAUCGACGGGAUUUUCCUCGUCGGCUGGUUUCGGCAGCCGAACGAGUCAGAAACUUCGUCGCCCCGAAGAGAAGAGGAAGAGAUCGAUCCGAUAGCAUGCGUUGACCGGUGCCCCGAGUUACCCCGAGUUGCUCCCGUCUGUCCACGUGGCGAGAGAAACGAACGAUACAGGACGAGGAGCGAUAUAGGAUAAAAAAAACGAGGAGGCGCAGGUGGAGGAGGAGGAGGUGGAGAAGGAGAAGGAGAGGAGAGGAGAGGAAGGAAAAGGGAAGAGAGGAAGAAGGAUCGGAAGGAACGCGGUCGUCGACGAAGGGACACGUCGAUGGAUCACGGAGCGAUGGAUAGCGCUUCUGAUCACAGCAGCCGCGCCAGCCCCGUAACCGGCAGUCCGAAACAUCCGCACAGCCCGUCGGCCCAGCAGGCUCAGCAACAGCUUCACGGGUCCCAGCAUCAGGCACCGGCGUCCCACCAACAGCCUCAUCCGCGGGACCAGAUCCGCGAGCAACAAUCGCAGCAGCAGCAGCACCGCGGCGUUCCCACGCCGGGAUCGCCAACCAGGGGCUCGCCACCUCAAGGACUUCCGUUGAGUCCUCCGCCUCUUUCCGCCGGAGGAGCACCCGGCGCACCGCCAGGCAUGGUGCCCCGUAUGCCGGGCCUACCGCCACCGGGCCUGGGACUGUUGGGACAACUGGGCGGCAUGCUGAGCGGUCAUCACGGCUCGCCGCUCGAGCUGAUGGCCGCCCAUCACGCUGUUCUACCUCCGAGAUCGUACAACAGCCCUCCGCCGAUCAGCACCAGCGAUCCAACGGCGAACGAGUGCAAGCUGGUCGAUUACCGCGGGCAAAAGGUGGCCGCGUUCAUCAUCGCCGGGGACACGAUGCUCUGCUUGCCGCAGGCGUUCGAGCUGUUUCUCAAACACCUCGUUGGCGGCCUGCACACCGUCUACACCAAGCUCAAGAGGCUCGAUAUAGUGCCGUUGGUGUGCAAUGUCGAACAGGUUAGGAUUCUGCGUGGACUCGGAGCCAUCCAGCCAGGCGUCAAUCGAUGCAAGCUGCUCAGCUGCAAGGACUUCGACAUACUCUACAGGGACUGCACCACGGCCAGCUCCAGGCCGGGAAGACCACCGAAGAGAGCUUCAGUCGGUUUGAGCCUCGCGGCCAGCCACUUGGCCGCUGCCACCACCGGUCACCACCCCCAGCAUUCGCUCAAGAAGCACAGAAUGGACAACGGGGAUUACUACGAGAACGGGCAUUUGGAUGUGCCGAGGAUGGAGAAGUCGCCGCUGCUCGCGAACGGGUACAACCACCCGCCCACGCACCUCAGUCACAUGCAAUUCAUGCAACUGGGCGGACAUCCGGGCGCAGGGCACACGGCCAUCCUGUCGCCGGCCAGUCUGCCGCAUCAUCUGCAGGCGCAGGCACAGGCGCGGGCCGAGCAGGGGCUCAAGGUGAACCCGAACAUGUCCAACAUGGAGGCGCUGGCGAGGUCCGGGACGGUUUGGGAAAACUGCCGUGCUGCCUACGAAGAUAUUGUCAAACAUCUCGAAAGGCUCCGCGAGGAGAGAGGAGACGCCGAGAGGGCACUCGCGUUGGACCAAAAACCCAGGGAUCUGAGCUCGCACAAUGGUUCCUCGAACGGGCACAGUCCCGUGCUCAACCUGUCCAAGACGGCGGGAAGCGGAAGCGUGGGCGAGCACUCCGGAAGCGAGGCAGAGGCGUCGCACCGUUCCCAAGACGACGAGGAGGAGGACGACAAUCUGUCCGAGGACCUGGACGACGACAACGAGAAGGACGAAGAUCUGUCGGACGUGCCGGAGAACCUGCCGUUGCCCGCGCCAGGAUCGGAGAGUCCUCAGGCCCUCAACUAUUCCCAGAUCGCCUCCGCGGCGGUUGCCGUUUCACAGGGGGGCCAGGAUCCCUCGGUCUCGAGUACGGAGACCCUGCUCAGGAAUAUCCAGGGCCUGCUCAAGGUCGCGGCCGACAACGCGAGGCAGCAGGAAAGGCAAAUCAACUACGAGAAAGCCGAGUUGAAGAUGGACGUUCUCCGAGAGAGGGAGGUUAAGGACAGCCUCGAGCGACAGCUUCAGGACGAGCAGAAGGUUCGAGUGAUGUACCAAAAACGGCUAAAGAAAGAACGAAGGGCGAGGAAACGCCUGCAGGAGCAACUGGACCUGGAGAUCAAGAGGCGCACGCAGCUCGAGGAGGCGUUGAAGGCAACGGGGGCUUCCUCCGAGCAAGUCAGAGCGAUUACCGAAAACGUGACGGUGGAGGCGCGCACGAGUUCGGAGCCACCGGAAGCCAGUCCGGUACACUCGCAGUCGCAGCAGCAGCCCUCGCAGCAACAGUCGUCCCAGCAACCCCUUCAACAGCAGCAACAGGCCCAACAAUACAGGGAGGCCCAGGUGCCGCGCCCCUCCCAACAACCCUCCACCCCCGAGAAACCGGCAUGGGGAUACGGGUUGGACCUGAUCGGCAGCCAAGCAUCCGCCUUCUGGCAGAACUACCAAGAAUCGCUGGUGCAAGAACUCGAGCUGGAGAGAAAAUCGCGGCAGCACCAGGCGGCCGAGAGGGACCAAGUCAAGUCUCCUCUUCAAGAAUCACGGACGGGUUAUUACAAGAACUCGGUUCUGUUCACGAGCGCAACCUAGAAGAGGAGGGCGGAGGAAGGAAGAAGAGGGGCAGAGCGCGUUCCAGCGAGCAGCCAAAACGAGUGAGAUCGAGAUCGAUCGGUGGAUGGGAGCGCAGCGAGGGGUGGAAAGUGUGCGCGGAGCCCUCGCACGCGCCCUCCCUCCGUCGAGGAUACGGCCAAAUCGAUCGGAAUCCACGCGAUCAUCCGUGCUCGCGGGGGAGGGGGAGAGACACUCUUCGUCGUGUGAUUUCGUGCGAUCCUCGUGGGAGGAAACGGCCGUCUAAACGUCUAACGAUUCGUCGAAAGGACGAAUAUCGAGGCGCGUGAACGUCCCCGUGAAAGGAAGGGGGAGCGCGGUUUUCGAGAAUAUAGAAUGUACGUUUACGAGAACUCGACGAAGAAGAGGAAGAGGAAGAGGAAGAGGAGGAGGAGGAAGAAGAAGAGAAGUGCGCGCGCGAGUUCAUCGAAACGUCGCGAGUUCGACGAGGAAACGAACGGAUCGUUCGAGAAGAAGCCUCGAUCGUGGUGGCGCGCGACGGACCGAUUUCGAUCAACCGAGCGAGAGGCGGUCGACUUUGGGGUCGAGAUGGAGACACAUAUCAAUGAGAAAAAAACACGAGGCGAUGUAAAGCGUGUAUUCCUUUCUUUCAUUCUUUCUUUCUUUCUUUCUUUCUUUCUUGUUUUUUCUUUUUUUUUUUCUUUGUUUUCCUCCCCCCCGAGUAUUCGUCCCAUCGUUUCUGGAACGGCGGCGUUACGCCACCGUUGAAAAAAACCUUCCCGUUCGACGGGAACGAACGCCACACGUAUACCACGUAUGUAUGUAUAUCGAUUUAUUACUACCCAGGGACAAAAGAAAAAAAAAAAAAAAAAAGAAAAGAAAAAAAAGUCGAAAGAUCCGCGCGUCGCUUU